UUCCAAACUAAACCCAUUCCUCACAAAUGGAUUACAAAGUUUCCAGAGUCUGCGACAGAGGAAGAUCAGCCCCCAGGAUGGGAAAUGGAGGGGAAACAGACCAGAGCAGAUUCGAGAAAAGAAACAUGAUGCUGGUGUUGGUUUUGGUGGUGACCGCACUGCUUGUCAGUGAUGUGGCAGGGACACACAAUUCCUUGGAACUGGAGAGGACUCUGCGACACCUUGAAAAACGUGGAAUAUCCGGAGGACCCUGUAAUGAAAGCUGGUUUUAUUUUGCUCCUUUGAAAUCCUGUUACAAGUUCUUCAAAGAAAAGAAGACGUGGAUGGCAGCUCAGGAUUUCUGUAAUCAAAACUCGUAUUACGGACAGCUGGCUUCUGUGAAUUCGAGCGAUCACAACACUUUCAUUUCUGAAGUGGUCAGUGCCAUGGAGAAGGACAUGCCAUUGGCUUGGAUUGGCCUGAAUGACCUUUGCAAGGAAGGGAAUUUCACAUGGAUUGACGGAUCUUUGUACAGUUACCGAAACUGGGCUCAGAAUGAACCCAAUGAUCUUGGACACAAUGAAGACUGUGUGCAUAUUCAUCAUUCAGGUGAGAAACUUUGGAAUGAUUAUCCCUGCAACACGGAACUUAGUUUUGUUUGUUCCUACAAACUUCACUGUACUUAGAAGACUCCAGAACCGUCCACUCAUCAUUUCCAUUGGUGGAUUCAGUGCCAUGAUUUCUUUGUAGCCAUUUUCACUGUCUGUGGUGACUGUACUCACAGUUUCUCAGCCAAUAAUAAAUAGAAUUGCAUCCUGAGCUCUCUGUGUGUUGCUGUGUCAGUCCAGUUUUCAGCAGACUUCCUGUCCCACUGUUGCUUUCACCCUUCCUCUGCACUCAGUGCUGAAAUGAGGAGAAUCUGGCACAGACUUUGCAAAAUUAUCUCUUUCCCUUCACUCGCACUUGGUGUGUUCAGUCCUGGUCACCAUGUACUGGAGUGAAAUAAAGAUCCUGAGGAGGACACAAAGGGGAUUUACUGGAAUAGUUGCAGGGAAUGAGAAUUUACAACAGUGUGACUAGGCUGCAGCCAUCAUGUCAGCAUUCCACAAAUUCCAUCUCCUGGGAUCCAAUACCAACCUAAUUUUUUUCAAAUUACCUGCUUGUUGAAAUCCUCCAUGACUAUCAUAGCAUUACCCUUUUUACGUGCUGUGACGCCAAACCAAGCUAUCGGACGAUUGAUGCUAAUUGGAGAGAUAAGGGAGACAAUGGAGGAACAUUCAAAAUGCUAAUGAGAAGGAAGAGAGAGAUUAACGGAAAAGAAACACAAUUCAGCUAUUGACAGACUGGUUACUUUGAACCUGAACUGUUUGAAGUUUGAUGGACAAGUGAUACCCUAGCAGGGGGAUAAAAAGAGCAGGUUCGCUAGGCACGGACGCACCACGAGAUCACGAGAUAACGAGACCCUGGAAGAGCGGUGGGCCCCCACAAGUUGGUGGUAGUUUGGAGGUCCGGUUCGCGGGAACCGACCAUAGACUCACAGGGUGUAAAGAUAUGAUCGGUGGGAACCUGGUGUGUGUGUCCGCCCUUGCCUGGGUGCCAGGUUCACCGUGGAAGAAUGGUCGUAUCCGGAACGGAGGGGUCACAGUCGGUGACCACCGCAGGAUAGAAGACAUCAAAGGUCUGCCUGAAACAAACUGCAAUCGUCCCCCCCUCUCUCUCUCUAAUGGCACAACAGUGAUUACUGCAAACUGUACGAAGCUGAACUGAACUCUGCGUCAUUUAAGACUGAUCAUUUUACCCCGAGACAGCAAUAGAGCUUGUUUGAUUCCUAUUACCCUAGUUCUGUGUACAUGUGUGUAUUAUCAUUGCUAACCUGUUGCAUUUAUAUCCUUACAAUUAGAGUACUGUGUUACUUAUUUCUUUAAUAAAACUUUAUUAGUUCCUAGUAAUCCAGACUCCAACGAGUGGUCCAUUUCUGCUGGUUUGGCAACCCAGUUACGGGGUACGUAACAGUGCCUUUUCAAUUUCCCAUUCUAAUUUUUAUCCCACACCUUGACUACUGUUUGGAGGCCUGUGUAUAACGCCCAUCAGGGUCUUUUUACCCUUGCAGUUUCUUAACCCUGCUCAUAAGAGUUCUACAAUUUCCAAUCCUAUGUCAGCUCUUUCUAAGCAUUUGAUUUCAUAUUUUUCAAACAGAGCCAUCCCAACCCCUCUGCCUGU